AUGUUGUUCCAUCCUACUCUCGCUGUCGCAGCGCUGCUCCAAUUCGCUCUUCCCGCUUCUGCCGCUUUCAUCUUCUGCGCUGGCGCUCCUGCCGAUGGUAGCUGUCCUGCUGACAAGGGAACCAAGACAAGCUGUCAAAAUAUUUGUGCCAAUUGCAAGCCCAACUGCUUUGGAGGUUCAGCGCCAGACUUGGGCGCAACUUGCUGCGAGCAGUCGGACGGGACGAUCAACAUAUUCUGCUUCCGCACGGGAAAGAACAAUUGUUAG